AUGGCACUGAGCUCCUGGUCUCCAGAGCUGGGGUUCGGUGAGAAGGUGCUGACGGCGGCCGCGGUUUCCACCGGCCCCUCCCUGGAGUUAUGCACCUUCCCCUCCACCCUGGGCUCCUCGGUCGCGGCCGCAGCGCUGGAGCAACUCUUUGUUGUGGAACAAUCACUGCAAGGUGACUAUUUUAAAUGCAACGAAGAAGCUAGGACCUUUCUUAAAGACAUUGCUGUAGCUGUCAAGAAAUUGGAAGAAAUGAGAAAAGACACAAUUGAUCUUCUGGAAAUUGAAAGCAUGGAACUCAGCAGACUAUAUUUUCUAUUAGAAACUCUUCCCUAUAACAUUAGAACAGAAUUAGAAGAGUGUGUCAGAGAUGCUCGCAGAUUAAAUCUUUUUGAGAUAAAUCAAUUACAAAUGAAAAUUACAAGGAUGAAUAAUGAAAUCGAGCUUCUGAAGAAGACAAUACUUGAUCUGAAUGCAAUUAAUGAAUCUCUGGGUGAAGAGCAAGAAGAGCUGGUGAAGCAGCAUGAAAAGAUUGUCCUGUCACUCAACCACACAAUGGAAGAAAAAGCCAGUACCACUAUUUACAUCAAUGAGACUUAUACCAAAAUAAAUAUGGAGAGAGAAGAAAUAAGAUUGCAAAAAAAAUGUGUUCAAGAUAUAGAGAAGCAAAUAGAAAAAGAAAGAGAAGAAUAUUUGAAAAGAAAACAAAAGUUGAAUGAAGAGAUUAAUGAAUAUAAAAAUCUCUGUAAGCUUAAGAGACAGGACACUCGUCAAAAGAAGAAAGAAUUGGAUAAAUUAAGUCGUGAAGUGACAAAAAUUAAAGAAACAGUCACUACCAGCACAGUGGUUCUUAGUGAUCACAAUUUAGAGAUAGCACGACUACAGGCAUCAAUAAGACGAUGGGAAAAACAGAUCGAAGAUAUAAAGAACUCCUGUAAUAUCCUGAAGGACAAAAGGCAUUUUUUUAAGAGUAGCAGGGAAAAACUGGAUGAUACAUCAAAUUUUGAAAAAGAAGAAUUAUUGCGGAAGAUAAAAGAGAUGGCUGAAAAACUACACAAAACUAAUUUAGAGAACAAAGAACUACAAGAUAAAUUGAAUACUCUUACCAGACAAUAUAGGAUUUUCGUACAAGAGGAAGAUAAAAUUUUUUUGCAGAAAAGGAAAAUUCAUGAUGAAAAUCAGAAACAAAUGACAUUUAUUGCUCAGAAAGAAAACUUCCUAUCACAAAGAAAAGUGGACAUCAAAAAUAUGGAAGAAGGACUUGUCGCACUUAAUGAACUUUAUCGAGCAACAAUGGAAGUCUAUCGGAAACAAAUUAGAAUCCUGAAUGAUAACCUGGAAAGAGAAAAUCAGAGAUGUGUAAUAACUCAGUGGAAACUAAUUUGUUUGCAAAGAAAACAUGGACGUUGGAAAGCCAAGAUGAAAACCGAAUUACAAGAAUAUAUAGAUAAAAUUAAGGCUACAGAAUUGAGACGCACUGAAUUAUUACAAGAGACCAAAUCUAGAGAAAAAGAGAUCAAUGAAUACUUGGUAGAGAUUGAAAAAAUUGCAACAGAAUUAAAACAAGAGGAGGAGAAAUUUGUCAUCAGAGAAAAAAAGUUAAUUGAAGAAUUGACCAAAUAUGAGGAAAAAUUCGUUAAAGAAACAGAAAGUACCAAAGGAAAGGAAGAUGAACUAUUUGAGUGUCUUCCACAACUUCAAAUGGCAGAAGAAGAGUAUAAGAGCAAAAGCAAAAGGGUCGACGAGCUCAAUGAUAUUCUCACAGCACAAAAGCAGGAUCAGAAUUUACUGAACAGUCUCAUUUUUCAAAAGACAAAAGAAUUUUCAAGAUACUUUAACAGCGUGGAUAAACUGAAACAGGAAUUAAAAGGAUUACGAGAUCAAGAAAGCCAUAAAAUGAAAAUUCAUUUUGAAAUUCUAAAGAACUUAGAAAAUGAAAUUUAUGUACAUGACAUAAAAGCAGAAGCUUUGCUUCUGGAAAAUAAAAGGUUGAAAGAAUACAUUGCAUAUCUGAAGAAAAGGAUAGAGCAAUACAAACAGGGAGAAGAAGACUUCACACACAUCUCAAGUAACCUGUCUUGGAAUCUGAUAGCUCAUCAGACACAAUAUUUGCGUUUGUGGGCUGACUUUCAGAUCACCAUAAAGAAUUUGGUAUGUGAUGGUGAAGAAACCUUGAAAGAAAUAAAAAAUCUAACAGACAAGCUAAGUGAAAGAGAUGAAAAAAUUGAGCAUAUCAGCAACUGGCUACAAGGGAAUCUUGCAGAGCUGCGUCUUCUUACGGAACACGGAUUAGCUGUGGGCCAUCCUCGGCUGCAGAGCUCUGUUCAAGUUAGUGCUGCAGUGAGAAAUGGAGGCGAGCCCUUGCACGGGAAUAAUCUGAAGAUAUCGUAA